AUGGCCACAGAGCAGAACCCCCAGAAGUCCCCUGAGGGGGUUGUGGCCCCUGGCAGUGGUGCUGAGGGGGCCCCCUUGACUAGGAGGAAGAGCAAGAAGGAGAGGGGACUCCGAGGGUCCCAUAAGGGCAGCUCUGGUGAGCAGACUUCUGUCCAGGGCCCUGAGGCCCCAGGGAACAGCAAGAAUCCUUCAAAGACUGGAGAGGGGCAGGGGGGGCCACCCCUCACAUCACGCCGCCAGUCCCAUCGACAUCGCCCUGACCCCCAGCAGGAUGCUGCUCAGAGGACAUACGGGCCCUUGCUCAACCGCAUCUUUGGGAAGGACCGUGAGCUGGGCCCAGAGGAGCGGGAGGAGCUGCAGGCCGCCUUCGAGGAGUUUGACACUGACCGGGACGGCUACAUCGGCUACCGGGAGCUGGGCGACUGCAUGCGGACCCUGGGCUACAUGCCCACCGAGAUGGAGCUCAUCGAGGUCUCGCAGCACGUGAAGAUGCGCAUGGGUGGCUGUGUGGACUUUGAGGAGUUUGUGGAGCUGAUAGGCCCAAAGCUGAGAGAGGAGACGGCACACAUGCUGGGGGUUCGGGAGCUGCGCAUCGCCUUCCAAGAGUUUGACAGGGACAAGGAUGGGAGAAUUACAGUCACAGAGCUGCGGCAGGCAGCACCGCCUCUUCUCGGGGAGUCACUGGAGGGUUCUGAGCUGGAUGAGAUGCUCCGAGACAUGGACCUCAAUGGGGACGGCACCAUAGACUUUGAUGAGUUUGUGAUGAUGUUGUCCACCCACUGA